AUGACAAAGUCUUCAGGUACCAAAAAGUCUAAAUCUAAAAGUGCAAGACCUGCCACAAAAACCAAAAAGAAGAGUUCUGCCAAGAACCGCUCCCCAACUGCUAAAACCGCAACAAACCACGUGGAUAUUCUGAGUCCAGCCGCCAUGGAGAACAUCUACUACAUCUCUCAUAAUGCAGUGGACUGCUUGGAGUUCAGAGGCUUUGGCUGGCCCAGGACCUCCAGGAAGAAUAGCAAAAAAGGGAAAAAACGAAAAAGCUAA